CUCUCUCUCACUCUCUUGCUGUGUCUCUGUUCACUUCAUUUGUUUAUUUGUUUUUGUUGUUUUUGCUGAGAGAGAGAGAGUCUGCCGGAAAAAGAAAAAUUGGUUGCCAUUUUCCCCGCUCUGCAGAGCUCAAAGAAGUUCGAAUCAAAUGUGAUGGGAAGCGGAGUCUCCAGCCUCUUCUCGUGCCUCAAGCCGGAGACUCGCCCCGCCGCCCUUCCCGCCGACAAUUCCGACAUCCUCUUCUCCGCUUCCGACCCACUUGACGAAACCCUAGGCCAUUCCUUCUGCUACGUUCGCUCUUCCAACCGUUUCCUCUCUCCUUCUCAUUCCGAUCGCUUUCUUUCCCCUUCUCAGUCUCUUCGUUUUUCCCCUCCUCACGAACCGCCACUUGGUUCCAGGACUAGAACUGGCCCGCCGGAGACUGCUUUCAAAGCCAUCUCUGGCGCUUCUGUCAGUGCUAAUAGUUCUAUUCCCAGAUCUGUUCUUAUGCUUGAUGGUGUUUAUGACGAUGCUACUGACACUACGCUUGGGGCUUCCGGUGGUGGUUGUGGAGUCAGAGGGAGUAUUUUGAAUGGCUUUGAGAGUACUUCUUCUUUCACUGCUCUUCCGCUUCAGCCGGUUCCUAGAGGUGGGACUGAGCCUUUGGAACGAGGUGGGUUUUUUCUCUCUGGUCCAAUUGAGCGUGGGGCGCUGUCUGGUCCGCUUGAUGCGAAUGUUGAUGGUGCUGGUGCUGGUGGUGCCAGCGCCGGUGCUGGUGGUGGCAGUGGCGGUGGUGGGAGAGUUCAUUUCUCUGCUCCGCUUGGUGGGAUGUACGUGAAGAAGAAGAGGAAGAAGGGCAUUUCGGGGUUUAGGAAGGCGUUUACGAGGAAUUUUUCUGAUAAGCGGCCGUGGGUGGUGCCGGUGUUGAAUUUCGUUGGCCGGAAGGAGAGCUCGACGGCGGGAGACGAGCCGGAGAGGAAUGAGAGUAAUCUUCAAUGGCGGCUUGGCAAGGCUGGGGAGGAUCGGGUGCACGUGGUUGUAUCGGAGGAGCAAGGGUGGUUGUUCGUUGGGAUUUAUGAUGGGUUCAAUGGCCCUGAUGCGCCUGAAUUCUUGAUGGGUAAUCUCUACAGAGCCGUCUUCAAUGAACUUCAGGGAUUGUUCUGGGAAAUUGACGAUAAUGAGGAGGCUGCUGCUACUGCUGUUACUGCUGCUGCUAAUUCAAACCCUUCGUGUGUGGCUGAAGAGAGCACGGUCAAUGUGAAUGAAACUAAUGCUGACCCGUCGUCAAGAGCCUCUGGUCAAACCGUUGAAACUAAUGGUAAUAUUUCAGUAGUUGGAAAUGAAGCGGAAGUGGAACAACCGGCUCCUGAUCGAGGAUCAGCUAAGAGGGUUACGUUUCAAUCUGAGGAUGUACCGGAGAACAGGCGGAGGCGGCGGCUGUGGGAGUAUUUAGCGGAGGACGAUACACAGGAUGGGCUUGAUCUUUCGGGGUCAGAUAGAUUUGCAUUUUCUGUUGAUGACGCUCUUAGUGUAAAUAGUGCAGGUUCAGUAGCUGGUAGAAGGUGGUUGUUAUUGUCCAAGUUAAAACAAGGGUUGUCAAAGCAUAAGGAGGGUCAUGUUAAGACUUUGUUCCCGUGGAAGUAUGGUUUGGGGGAUAAAGAGAAGGCUGAUGAGGCUGAGAAUAGGGUGGAGGAGACAUCAUAUCGAAGUGGUAAGAGGAGAAAGGAAGGUUUAAUUGAUCACGAGUUGGUGUUGGGGGCAUUGUCACGGGCUCUUGAGAUAACUGAAUUAGCAUACUUGGACAUGACAGAUAAGUUGCUUGAUACGAAUCCAGAGCUUGCUUUGAUGGGUUCUUGCUUGCUGGUUGUGUUAAUGAGGGAUGAGGAUGUGUAUGUAAUGAAUUUGGGUGACAGCCGUGCCAUUGUUGCACAGUACGAGCAACAAGAAGUUGGUCCUAGUGAAGACAUGAAGGGGGAGGGCCACAAAAGAACGGGCAUGGAGGGUAUAAUUGAGGAGUCUACAACGAGUGAAGGGAAAAUAACUCAAACGAAUAAACCUUCAGCUCAGACGACGAGAUUGACUGCAUUGCAGCUAUCCACUGAUCAUAGCACGAGCAUUGAAGAAGAAGUAAGAAGAAUAAAGAACGAGCACCCUGAUGACAAACAAUGCAUUGUCAACGAUAGAGUGAAGGGCCGUCUAAAGGUUACGAGGGCAUUUGGUGCAGGAUUUUUGAAACAGCCAAAAUUGAAUGAUGCAUUAUUGGAAAUGUUUCGGAAUGAGUAUAUUGGUACCGCACCAUAUUUAUCAUGCUUGCCUUCUCUUCGUCACCAUAGACUCUGCCCGACGGAUCAAUUCAUAGUGCUCUCAUCUGAUGGAUUGUAUCAAUAUCUAACCAACGAAGAAGUGGUUUCUUAUGUUGAGAACUUUAUGGAGAAGUUUCCAGAUGGAGACCCUGCACAGCACUUGAUAGAGGAGCUUCUUUGCCGUGCAGCCAGAAAAGCAGGAAUGGAUUUUCAUGAACUGUUGGACAUCCCACAGGGGGAUCGAAGAAAGUAUCAUGAUGAUGUUACUGUUAUGGUCAUUUCACUUGAAGGAAGAAUCUGGAAAUCCUCAGGAAAAUAUCUUUGAAAAACUUCUGUAAAUCAAUGGUCAAGUGAAAUGACGUUCCUGCAUUCGACGAAAAUGGUGCUCUGCGAGUGGUAUGAACUUGCAACUGACCCAUAUUUCAUGGAUCGCCUUAGGUUUUUUAACAUCUAAAGGAGCAAGCCAGCUUGAAGAAAUUGAGUGAACUCAGACGAUAUCGACACAAGGCUACCGUUGGAUGCAUGUUCCCGAAGGUGCAAGUAGAUGACACAAUUUGGCUGGAGGAUGAACAGAAAGCAAUUGGCAAAUGGGGCUUUUGGUAUAUGAAGCAUUUUAGAAAAGAUAAGAAAAAAAAGGAAAAUUUCAACUUCUCUUUCACUUUAUAUUUGUUAUCUGUUGUUUCGAUCCUCUGUUAGACACCUCUAAGGAAGAGGACAGCAUUUUUGCGUAGGGUACAGGCACUUGCCAUUCCUUUGUGCCUUUUUU